ACCGACAUCCUCGAGCAUUUCCGGACAUUUUCCUUCCUUUGACAUUUCUCCGACUCUCCCCACUCCCUCGCAGACGGCCCUGAGGAUCGCCAUGUUCGGCCCGGGCCUCGUCGCCUGGUUGACGACGCUCUCGGCCCCAGUCGCCCUGGCACAAGCGGUAUGGCAACCCAACCAGGUUUCCACAAGGAUAUGCUACUGGCAGCAGCUUCGAGCGGCCGUCCUUCAUGACACGGUCUAUCUAGACGGUGGGGCUCUGUACUGGGAGCCAAGGUUCGCGGACGGCUCUGCAGGAGUGCCGACCUUCGACAACAACCUGGCAGGUCUCAUUUACACCCUCAACUUCAGCACGCCCUUCAACACGACCCAGAACAUCUCGGCCAUCCUGGGCACGCUGGAAACCGGCGGGGGCGACACCAACAGCCGCGCCCCAAACUACCUAGAUGGUGCCCUCCUCGGCAACGAUUCCGAGUUCUGCCUCUACGGCGGCAUGAGCGCGCCGUCGACGGGCUCCUCAGAUCCGCCGGGGGACUCGGUCCUAUGCUACCAAGCGUAUCAGUAUGGCGCAGACAAGCCCCGCUUCAGACCGGGCUUCAUAGACAGAGAUCUCGGCGAGAACGUGACCCGCUACGUUGCCUACGGCGGCGCCGCCAGCGCGCCCUCUGAGAAUCUCGCCUGGUACUUUUCCGGUCUGCGCUCCCCCACUUGGGGCAAGAUCUAUAUGCCCCCUUACGAUGGCGGCGGUGCCACUUUUGCCAAUACCGUCUCUAACCGGCUCAUCACGAUGGAUAUGGCUAAUCCGGUGAGCGUGACCUUCACCAACGACACGCUACCCCGCAACAUUCCCGGGCGUGCGAAUCCGGAACUGGUCUGGGUUCCGGUGGGUUUCCGCGGUGUUCUCGUCGCCCUCGGAGGCGUCGUGUAUCCGGAUUGGGUCAACGCUUCGAACCCACGCUCAGCCAACGAAACAGCUAGCAGAGAGCAAAGCCCCGAGUUCAUGUCCACCAUCGACAUCUACGACGUGGAGAGCCGCGAGUGGUAUCGGCAGAAGACCACCGGUGGACCCGGCCAGCUCGCGCGCGGGUGUGCCGUCGUCGCCCGCGCGCAGGACGGCUCGAGCUUCAAUAUCUACUACUAUGGUGGCUACGACGGCAUUCACAUGACGGAACGCUACAAUGACGACGUCUGGGUCCUGUCGCUGCCGUCAUUCACCUGGGUCAAGCUAACGUCGAGCCAAGUAGACGGGCGCGCUGGGCACAAGUGUGUCUCGCCGUACCCCGACCAGAUGCUGGUCAUCGGAGGAUACCCAUCCCUCCAGGGAUAUCUCCCCAGCUGUCUCCGGGAAACGAUCAGGGUGUUUAACCUCUCCACGGGCGAGUGGCUGGACCGGUACGACCCUGCCGUCUACGCCAACUACACCGUCCCCAGCGCCGUCGUCGCCAAGAUCGGCGGGUCCGGCACCGGGGGCGCCACGGCGACGAGCCCGAGUCCGUCCUGGGACGCGACCGAACUGGCGAGCAUCUUUGCCAAGGAGUAUCCGACGAGCAAGAUCACGACGUACUACCCGUACGCCUCAAACGCCCCGGUCGACAACACCAACCCGAGUGUGCCAACAACCCCGGCCGACAAGGACGAAGGUGGUGGCGUGCCGUCGUUCCUUCCGCCCGUCCUUGGCGUCGUGCUCGGAUUGGUCUUCGUGACCAUGGUGGCUGUCCUGAUCCUCCUCUGGAGGCGCCGUAGGCUGCUGCGUAAAGGCGGCGGCGCUAUGAGCGAGGCUGGCACCAUAGACACCAACAAAAACCGCAUAGCCUUGUGGCUGCGCGGUCAGAACAACGCGUCGCCCGAGGUCAAGGCUCCGACGGUGGCCACCUCAUCUGACUAUUUGCCUGUGAAUUCGACAGAACCCACAGACCACAGCCCUGGUACUAAUGCGACCCCCUUGUCGAUUGCCGAGAUGAUGGACACCGGAGUGCAGAGGCCGGUCGAACUGCCAGCAGACACAGCCAGGCCAGCGGAGCUCCAGUCCUCCAAGCCCUCCCCGGAGGCAGCAGUCGCCAUGCAAGCUUCCCUCAACAACCACGCGUACUACCAGUCCACCCACCAGACCGGCCACGCCAACUCGUCCGCGUAUUACACGGCUCCCCCCGUCCCGCAGGAGGAGUCCCCCAUCCUGCACCGCCCGGACUCGGACGCCCUGGGCCGCGCGCCCGCGACUAGCAGCGCCACCACCCCGACGUCGGCCGGCACGUCCCCCGUAACGACGGGGGCCCCGGCACAGGGAGCGAGCGGCCGGUCCAACAAGGUGGUCUCGGGCAUCUCGAGCCUCUCGGAGCGCGACCGCGCCCACCUGCGGCAGAUCAGCGACACCACCGUGUCGUCGGUGACGACCGCCCCCGUCGGGCCGAGCGGCACCACCGCCGCCGCCACUACUACCGCCAACAAUGCCAACAACCUUGUUACCGGCAGCGGCGGGAGGGAGACGGUGGUCAGCAACGUGAGCUUGCUCAGCAGCCCGGGAGGCGGGCCGCCGACGGUGGUGGAGAGCCCCGCAGCCGUGUCGCCCCCGACGGCGACGGCCGGGCCCGGCGAAGGGGGGGACUACCUGGGCAUCAGGCCGCCGACUGGGUCUCAGCAGCAGCAGGGUGGGCCGGGACCGUCGAGUCCGUCGAGGCGGAGCGUCUUCUCGGAGAAUCUGGAUAGCGGGACGACCGGGGACACGGGAGGACAGCGGCAAGGGAGAUGAGGAGGCGCGUGGUGGACGGGCACGAAUUAUGAAUUGACAGUGGUGGAAAGAAAGAAAAAAAAAGGGGGGGGGGAGGUUUGAAAUGAGCCUUUCUUCGGUUACCUAUAUAUAUGUCUUGAGGAGAGUAAUGUGUGCGAUGAUGACGAUGAGUUCAGCCUGGCGUUUGGGUCUCGGGAUGGUUGAUAAUCGGGUGGCUUGGA